AAAUUCCCGAACAUGGCACAGAGCAGGAGGAUCGAUUGUGUGUUUGAAUACCGACGGGUCUUUUCCGCCGUAUAGUUAUGGUAUGACGCGAUGGGGUGCUUCUGAUUGGAAAGGAUCGGAUGCAAUGUCAGGUUUUUGGCUUUGAACGAGGUCGUAGGGAGGAAAUAUAUAGAGCUGUGUUUCUCGUUGAUUUCGUUUGCUUUUCUUCUCUCCAUAUCAAAUACACAAACAUACAAUACAAUACCAUCAAAUCGAUUCUAUCAACAAACACAACCACCAAUACACAACCACCAACACAAUAAUCUCGACUUUCACUUGACGUUUAAUCAACUCAGUACAAAUCAAUCAAAAUGGGAGCCGUCGUCUCUUGUGUAUGUCUACCUUUUCGCCCUAGUCCUAUACGCCUUUCCAUCAUGCCGAUCUAAUCAUAUUAUAUCACAUUCUUAAGAACACAAGCUAACAUCCUCAAUAGAUCACUGGCAUGUUCCGCGCCAUCGGUGCUGGUCUCAUGUAAGUUCACUCCACAGAUCCCACCUCCAAACCAACGAUCUUACAUCAUCCCAUCAUACCACAACCCCCUACAAGACCAACAUAAUCCUAACCAAGCACCACAGGGCCGUCGUAAACGGAAUUGGAGCAAUCCUCACCGGAAUCAUCAACGCCAUCGUCGCCUUCUUCGACGUCCUCAUCUCCUGCUUGACAUGCGGUAGCUGCGGCGGUAGACGAAGAGGAAGACGAACGACGAGUACUGUUUAGAGUGGUCCCUUGCCUUGGCGCAAGGGGCUGACUCUUUCUUACUCUCGCCAACAUAACCAUAAACAUAAAAUUUAAACUUUAUGGGGAUGUGGAGGAGUGGAGUGGAGUGGAGUGUGCAUGCGUGCGAGUUUGCUUUAUGAUACCUGAGGAUGGAUAAAUGGAUGAAUGGUGGAGCACGGCAGAUGGGGAAAGGGAGUGAAGAGCGUUUUGCAUUUGUAUUUUUCGAUUCGCUUCGAUACCCGGUUUCUUUUCUUCUAAUAAUGAAUGGUGAGAUGAGAGGAGUGGAGAUCAUGGAAGGAUGGUCGCUUGCGCUUGCGCUUGCAUGUAUUAUAUAAAGAUGAGAAAAGAGGAGCGGAGGUUUAAUGAUUAUGAUACACUACACAUAUCUUACUUUUCAAUUGUUUUAUGUGAAUGUGAAUAAAUGCAAUCGAUGGGAAAUACAUCAACUCCAGUUCUUGCGGUAUCCUCCCAUGCCCGCCA